CUUGAGAGGAUUAUCAAGUUGAAAUUAAAGUGGCAAGGAUCACUGAUGGAGAACGUGUCCUUUACCAAAAUGACGGCAGAAGUAGUUACUCCUAUUUGCAGCGGCAUUGAAUGCCAUAAAGACGCUAAAAAGCUUCAAUGCCCUAAAUGCCUCAACCAGGGCCUUCAUUCUUAUUUUUGUGGUCAAGAAUGUUUUAAGAGAAGUUGGCCCAUCCAUAAGCAGCUUCACAUUCCUCCACAGGCAAAGAAGAAUGAGGACGGUACUUAUGAUCCGUUCCCAAACUUCUCCUACACGGGUUCUUUGCGUGCAGUAUACCCACUCUCUCCCAUGCGCAAGAUCCCUGAACAUAUUCAAAAGCCCGACUAUGCUGUUACUGGUACUUCACCCAGUGAGCAGUUGGAAGCUCGCAGUUUCAAGAUCAAGCGACUCAAUCCUCAAGAGAUUGAAAGCAUGCGGACAGUCUGCCGCUUGGGACGUGAGGUUUUGGACGCUGCUGCCGCUGCCGUUCGUCCUGGUGUUACUACGGAUGAGCUGGAUGCAAUUGUGCAUCAAGCUUGUAUUGAGCGCGAGUGCUACCCUAGCCCUUUGAACUACUAUCACUUUCCCAAGAGCGUCUGUACCUCUGUGAACGAAAUUAUUUGUCAUGGUAUUCCUGAUAAGCGCCCUCUCCAAGACGGUGACAUCGUCAACCUGGAUGUCUCUGUUUUCCAUAAGGGAUUUCACGCUGACUUGAACGAAACUUACUACGUUGGUGACAAGGCCAAGGCUAAUCCUAAGCUUGUUUGUCUCGUGGAAACGACCCGUGAAGCUUUAAACGCUGCUAUCGCCGCAGUGAAGCCCGGAAUGUUGUUCAAGGAUAUUGGUAACAUCAUUGAAAAGUACGCCAAAUCGGUGAAGAGCCACGAAUUGUCGGUCAUCCGCACCUACUGUGGUCAUGGUGUUAACCAACUCUUCCAUUGUGCUCCUACCAUUCCUCAUUACGCGAAAAACAGAUGUCCUGGUGUUAUGCGUCCCGGUAUGACAUUUACCAUUGAACCCAUGCUCUCUCUUGGCAGUGCCCGAGACGUUUCUUGGCCCGAUGAUUGGACUGCAGCAACGCUUUCUGGUGAUGCUUCUGCUCAAUUUGAGCACACACUUUUGGUUACGGAAGACGGUUGUGAAGUUCUUACUGCUAGACUUCCCACUUCUCCCGGCGGACCUGCUCCCAAGAAGUAAUUUCCAAAUGAUAAGAAAUGCAAAAAUUUUUAUUAGAACUUGGUAACAAUAAAUAUUUCUAUGGGUGCAACCAGUAAUCCGUAAAUUUUGGAUAUGAAAUGAAUUUUUAGAGAUGCUUGACUUGAAUAUAGCUCCUCACGGG